ACAUGCAUCACAUUUUGAGAAAUGUUUAUAAAUGCUUCGCCAUCAAGGGAAAACAUUGAUUGAAUCUUUCAUAGAGCCUGAGCCACGCUGCUCUUUGACCCCUCCCUGUUUGCAACUAAUGGAAAUUCAAGGCCCCCCAGCUUACCCCCCACAGAAUGCCCUCUUGCCCUCAUGAGUAUGCAGUGACUCGCCCUCUGCUUGCUGGGGAUUGGGCUCCACCAACAAAAAGGACCCCUACCAGGAUUUUAUAUGCCACAGAUUUUGUAGACAGCUCUUUAUUCAAGUCUCUUGUUGGCUGAGAACAAGCAGCACAAUUCUGCAUUGUCUGUAGCUUAGGACUGACUCAGUGUGGGAAAAGGAAGAUAAAUUCACAGUGCCACAGAAAUUGAAUGGAACUUUGCUGUGUGGAUGAUACAAUGUAAAAGCUUGUUGUGACUUAGUGACUUGACGAGGAUCCAACAGAGGUGAGUGAGGAGUGAGGUAUGUCCACUCUGCCCCAGCCCCUUUCCCACUGCCUGCUGAACCAGGUACACCCCGCUCUCAACCUGCCCCAGACAGGGCUCAUCACAGACAUCAAGCCCAUGAUCAGUAAUAAACCUCCUACACAGGAGGUCAAACCAAACAUCCUAGCAACUGGCUUGCCCUAUCCUCCACUCAACGUGCCUAGCCUACCCGUCAUGCCCAAUGUGUCUCUGCCUAGUGUCUCUAUGCCGAGUGUGUCUAUGCCCAAUGUCUCCAUGCCCAACGCAUCCAUGCCCAGUGUUUCGAUGCCCAAUGUGUCCAUGCCAAGUAUUCCUCAUCACAACUUACAGGGUAACUUAGGCCAAUUACUCAACAACAGCAAUUCCCAAAAAAUGUCCCAAAUGAAAAAGUGCCCCAACGAGUUUUUACAUCAGAAUCCACAAAGUGAGCGACAGCUUUUCUACAACGACGUAGCCAUGCAACUGUAUAACAGUGACUUCAACAAGUUUGCUUCCAAGAAGGAAUUUCAUGGCUACCUGUUAGAGCAACAGAAGUGGAGGUGGGAUACCCACAGCUACAUAGGUAACCUGGAGACUAGAGUACAUAACUUGCUCAUUAAUCCAAACAGUGGGGUUGCACAGAAUGUUGCUCGCUACCGCAGUGUCCCCAUCAAAUGUAAAAGUGAGGAUGUGAAGCGAUGUGAAGCCACGUCCAAAGAGCUUGAGAACAUGGCAACCCGCAUUGCCAGUGUACGGCAGCAGCUGCUACACAAAAAGGGCACCUUGCUGACAUCCAGCGAUAACAGCGUUAUAGUGUGGCAGAAUGAGCUAGCCUACAUAGAACAGCUGUUUGACAGGACUGAUCAGAUGUACAAUGAGGUGUUAUCUACCCUGGCAAGUGUCAACCAGACCUUCUCCCACCUUCAGACAAGCUUCACAGCAGAAGCUGCAGAGUUGGCAGAUCGUAGGCGCUUGUGGAGGAGGAGAAAGGAGAACAACCGCAAGAGACGCAAGCGCAUGGAGAAACAACUUGAAAAGAUUGAGCAGCGAUCUUGUGAGCUUCUCUUUCAUAUCACAUCCCGGGGAGCAUAUGACCGGGUGCGUUCCCACCCAGAGAUGCCUCGUAUUGGACCCAGCGAGGUGAACACAGACAUGUUAAAUGGGAUUAAAUCUAAAUCCGAAGUGAGGCCUCUUAUGCACCUACUCAGUAAGGGUUACAUGACCCCUGGUGCAAUGGAGAUGGUCUCUCAAAAGAUCCAAAAACUAGAGUGUGGUAUUAAGACUGAAGCGCACCAACAGGCAACCCAGGUUGGUAUCAACUCCCUGUCGAUCAACAAAAUUACAGCACCUGCUUCAGAGCUAAACUCCAUACUGCCUCCUGUCACUGGAAUUGCCUCAUCAAAUAUGGUGUCAUCUGUAAACUCAGCUGUGACACAACAAUCAGUGCCCACAGUAAAUCUUAACACUCAAUUAGCGAAGUAAAGACAUUUUAACCAAGUCACAGCGACUUUGCCACAUUGCCGAGUGUUUGACAUUGAGUAGGCUGUACUCUACUCCACACUGUUUUAACCAACAUUGUAUUAUGUAUGAGCAUACUCUUACAUGGCAAAAUGUACAUUUAUUAUAUUAUGCAGGAAUGUUGCAUCAGUUUAGAUCUAACCAAUACAUUUUUAGAUUACUUGUUCUUUUUUUUUACCAGAUGUACAUGUAAAUUUUAGCUGGUGAAAUUUCACUUCGCUUGAACUCUUUAAAAAAUCACAAUCUUCUUUAUUCUACUAGUAAUAUACAUGUAGAAUGACCACACUUGGGAAAGACUUCAUUUACAAAAUUCCUUAAAGCUGUAAUCAAACUCAUUGCGUUGAAUUAUAUAUUGAU